CCCAGCUCUUCCGCUGCUCUGGCUCUGGCUCUCCCUUGAACAGCUCCUAGAGAGAACAAGGCGUGCGGAGCUCAGAUCACCAGCAUCAUGCUCCUUGGGCUUGGAUCGUAGAUCCCCCUCUUUGAACACUAAAAUAACUCCUUCGUCCGUCAGCGUCCCAGGCAGACCCAGCGAGAAAACACGCACGUGAGAGAGAGAGAGGAAAGAAAGAGGAGGAAGAGAAAAAUCUGCAACCAAGUGGACUAAAGCAAAGAGAAAGAGUGCUUUGCUUGCACAGCUGCAAAGUGGGAAUUUAAAGAACCUGCAGAGAGAAAUUCCAGCUGAUCAGCACAUACACAUUGCAGAAUUACAGAUCCAGGUAGAAAUGACAUCAACAGGGAAAGAAGGCAGCGGAGCUCAACAUGCACAAUAUGUUGGACCCUAUCGUUUGGAGAAAACCCUAGGAAAAGGACAGACAGGGCUUGUGAAGUUGGGGGUUCACUGUGUUACAUGUCAGAAGGUCGCGAUAAAAAUUGUCAACAGGGAGAAGCUCAGCGAGUCGGUGCUAAUGAAGGUGGAGCGGGAAAUAGCCAUCCUGAAGUUGAUAGAACAUCCCCACGUUUUAAAGCUGCAUGAUGUUUACGAAAAUAAAAAAUAUUUGUAUUUGGUGCUAGAACACGUGUCAGGUGGGGAGCUCUUCGACUAUCUCGUAAAAAAGGGAAGAUUGACACCAAAAGAAGCCAGGAAGUUCUUCCGACAAAUCAUCUCUGCUUUAGACUUCUGCCAUAGUCAUUCAAUAUGCCACAGGGAUUUAAAACCAGAAAACCUACUGCUGGAUGAAAAGAACAACAUCCGGAUAGCAGACUUUGGGAUGGCAUCUCUGCAGGUUGGGGACAGCUUGUUAGAAACCAGUUGUGGAUCACCACAUUAUGCUUGCCCUGAAGUCAUCCGGGGAGAAAAAUAUGAUGGAAGGAAAGCAGACGUCUGGAGCUGCGGAGUCAUUUUAUUUGCGUUGCUAGUGGGUGCCCUGCCUUUCGAUGACGACAACUUGCGGCAACUGUUGGAGAAGGUGAAACGUGGAGUGUUCCACAUGCCACAUUUUAUCCCCCCAGACUGUCAGAACCUUUUGCGGGGGAUGAUUGAAGUGGAUGCCUCGAAACGUCUCACGCUAGAACAUAUUCAGAAACACAUAUGGUAUAUAGGGGGUAAGAACGAGCCAGAACCAGAGCAACCAAUCCCUCGAAAGGUGCAGAUUCGUUCUCUCCCUUCCUUGGAGGAUAUUGAUCCAGACGUGUUAGAUAGCAUGCACUCGUUAGGCUGCUUCCGUGACCGAAACAAACUCUUACAGGACUUGUUGUCGGAAGAAGAAAACCAAGAGAAAAUGAUUUAUUUUCUUCUGCUUGACCGGAAGGAGAGGUAUCCUAGUCAUGAAGAUGAGGAUCUUCCCCCUAGAAAUGAAAUAGAUCCCCCCAGGAAGCGUGUGGACUCCCCAAUGCUGAACAGGCAUGGGAAGCGGCGGCCAGAAAGGAAGUCGAUGGAGGUUCUCAGUGUUACAGAUGGCGGCUCCCCAGUCCCUGCUCGCAGAGCUAUUGAAAUGGCACAACAUGGACAGAGUAAAACAAUGUUCAGUAAAAGCCUGGAUAUCUCUGAAGCCAAUCCCAAAUUCAACAAAGAAGAAAGGAUGGCGAGUGCUGAUCCGUUGGGGUCUCGGUCAAUCAGCGGAGCGUCAUCUGGGCUCUCCACCAGUCCUCUCAGCAGUCCAAGGCCUAUCAGAAAGUUCUUCAUCCCCCCUCAGACCUCCGACCUCCCUUUCUCUCCCCGACCCCAAGUCUCCUUGGACCCUGAUGCUUGUAGGAACGCCUCCAGGCCUGGACAUGUACUCCAACCAAAGCCAGCACUUCAGCCCAACCCAAAGACGCAGACUUUGCCAUCCAAGAGCAAAUUGGCCGAAAAACCACUCCAGUCUACUAAAUCCAACCCACUCCCUACCAGCAAUACCAGCGCCCCCUCUUCCCAGAACACCCCUGUGCAGAAUGCUCAGGGCCGCUCACCUGCUGCCGGCUUUAACCCACAGCUGGCUGUUCCUAAAGUGCAGACCAACCCUAUGUCUCCUGUUAGAUUGCUCCCUUCUAGUACUGACCCAAGCACCAAAUCUAUCCCCAUCAUACAGGUCACCCCUCACCCCUCUCCAAGGGGAAGUCCCCUCCCUACCCCCAAGGGGACACCUGUCCAUACGCCAAAGGAGAGCCCAGCAGGCACACCCAACCCAACACCACCAUCCAGCCCCAGCAUUGGAGGAAUGCCAUGGAGGACACGGCUCAACUCAAUCAAGAAUAGUUUCCUGGGGUCUCCUCGCUUCCAUCGCCGGAAAUUGCAAGUACCUACACCAGAAGAGAUGUCUAAUUUAACCCCGGAAUCAUCCCCAGAGCUUGCCAAAAAAUCCUGGUUCGGUAACUUCAUCAACCUGGAGAAAGAAGAACAGAUUUUUGUGGUCAUUAAAGACAAACCUCUAAGCUCCAUUAAGGCUGAUAUUGUCCACGCUUUUCUCUCGAUUCCAAGCCUCAGUCACAGUGUCAUCUCACAGACAAGUUUCCGUGCAGAAUAUAAGUCCACAGGAGGUCCUGCUGUCUUCCAGAAGCCAGUGAAGUUCCAGGUGGACAUAACAUACACAGAAGGGGGAGAGGCACAGAAGGAGAACGGGAUCUAUUCUGUCACUUUCACACUCUUAUCAGGUCCAAGCCGUCGUUUUAAGAGGGUAGUAGAAACCAUUCAGGCACAGUUGUUAAGCACACAUGACCAGCCUUCAGUGCAGCAGUUAUCAGACACCACUAACUGUAUGGAGUUGAUGACUGGCAGACUUUCCAAAUGUGGCAGCCCAUUGAGUAACUUCUUUGACGUAAUUAAACAACUUUUUUCAGACGAGAAGAACGGGCAGGUGAGCCAUCCCCCCGGCACGCCAACCAAGCAUAGCGCAAACAGCAAGCGGAGCGAUUCCGGUUCUAAUGACUAUGGGUCUAGAGGAGACAAUAAGUACCCUGCUGGCAAAGACAAGGCAAAGAUGGUCUCAUCAGUCGGCCUACAAGACCAACCUUAAAUAAACACAUAAAAAAUUAAAUAACUUAGAAAAAAAAAAACAAAAACAAAAACAAAAAAGCAAGAAAGAACGAAAGAAUAUUCCUUAGCAAGCUAGCCUCUAAACUAGAAGGAUGUAUAUACCUUGCCACAACAGUACAAAACUGUCUAUAGACAAAUUUUGUAUGAAGGAAUGACUGUAUAUAUAUACAUAUAUAUAUUUAUAUAUGAUAUAUAAUAUAUAUCUCAGAAACAAACACAAAAACAAACGAAUGAAAGAAUGAAAAGAAAAGAAAGAAAAGAAAAGGUAGCACAGAUGACAAACCCAGUUCACCAGAUCUUGGGUUGUGGUUUUUUCGAUUGUUUUUUUUUUUUCCUCCCUUUUUUUGAAUGUUUUGCUUUUUUUCUCCUUCCUGAUUUUUUGGGUUUUUUUAUUAUUAUUAUUUUUUGUUUUCUUUUGUUUUGUUUCUUGUUCUGUUCAUGCUCUCUCUGUGUUUCUGACGACACCACUUGUUUCCGCUCUGCUACCAGGAAUUAUCCCGAAAAGUUAACAUGUCAGCCACGGCUUCACCUUCUGUGCUCUGCGGACACUUGUUGACGGAAGGCAACCGAUGUAGACUGUCCAAGGACCAGUCCUGUUUGAGGUUCCCAGCCUCCCCUCUCCAUUCAGGAAG